GGAAGCGGGGAAGGGGACUUUGUUGUUGCCUUUUAUCCCCCGCCCAAACAUUUCAUCGUCCAAACGGCAAAGGCGAGCGGUACUUUUUUGCCGCGUUGGCAGUCUCUCCGGUCUACCGUGGCCCUCGAUUCUGCCGCCUCUCUCCGGUGGCCCUCGAUUCUGCCGCCUCUCUCCGGUGGCCCUCGAUUCUGCCGCCGAGCGUCGACGUCGUUGGCGAUCCGUAUCGGUAUCGGUAUCGGAUCACCAUCUGCGCUGUGAUCGCUCUCUCCCCUCCACAGCGCACUUGUUGAUUGACGACGGAAGACUGAGCGCUGCCAUAACCGGCGGGAAAAGGCGGGAAAGCAGGCUGGAACAGCUGGGGGAGCAGCUGUGAGGUAGACUUGAGGGGACAGGACACCGUCAGUUACCUGUACUGUGGCAGCAGUCUCUGUUGGCGCCUUCAUUGAAGAGCACCCUUACCUUUGGGGGGAAGGUCAGGGGACCUGCAUUGUGCUGCUGCUGCUGCUGCUCUCCUUAGACUGCCACCUGCCUUCCUGCCUUUUCAAGGAGAUUGACAAUGAGAGCCUGGACUACUCCUAUUGUGGAAGGUUGAACUUUUUUUUUCUGAGCUACGGGUGCGCGCGCUUUGUACGUACUCUUCCGUCGGGGGUUCCGAUAAAGGGGUCUCCGACUCUUUGGGCAGCCCUAGUUUUAUUGCCCUGCCCUCGGCGCCGGAAGACCAGUCAAGAUGGGUAUCACCGAGAGGAUCCGCGAAAUCGAGGCCGAAAUGGCCCGUACUCAGAAGAACAAAGCCACAGAGUACCAUUUGGGCAGGCUGAAAGCGAGCAUUGCGAGAUUGAGAACGCAGCUGUUGGAGCCGCCGAAAGGCAGUUCUGGUGCCGGGGACGGUUUCGAGGUGACAAAGUAUGGCCACGGACGUGUUGCUCUGAUUGGUUUUCCUAGCGUAGGUAAGUCAACUUUGUUGACUUUAUUGACAGGCACCCGAUCGGAGGCCGCUGCUUACGAGUUUACGACUUUGACCUGCAUCCCUGGCAUUAUUCACUACAACGAUGCGAAAAUUCAGUUGCUCGAUCUUCCGGGGAUCAUAGAAGGCGCUGCGGAGGGCAAAGGUCGUGGACGGCAGGUUAUCGCUGUCUCGAAGUCGUCGGACCUUGUGUUGAUGGUUCUCGAUGCCUCGAAGGGCGAUAACCACAGGCAGAUUCUGACCAGGGAACUGGAGUCAGUUGGCUUGCGGCUUAACAAACGGCCUCCACAGAUUUAUUUCAAGCGGAAGAAAACCGGUGGAAUCUCCUUCAACAGCACGAUGCCGCUGACCCAGGUGGACGAAAAACUGUGUUACCAGAUAUUACACGAGUACAAGAUCCACAAUGCGGAGGUGCUGUUUCGAGAGGAUGCAUCCGUUGACGACUUCAUCGACGUGAUCGAGGGGAACCGGAAGUACAUCAAAUGCUUGUAUGUGUACAACAAGAUCGAUGUCGUAGGAAUUGAUGACGUGGACGCACUUGCAAGGCGGGAGAACUCGAUCGUGAUCAGCUGUAAUAUGAAGUUGAAUCUGGAUCGGCUUCUGGCGAGGAUGUGGGAGGCGAUGGGCCUAGUGAGGGUAUUCACGAAGCCCCAAGGGCAACAGCCGGAUUUCAGCGACCCAGUCGUCUUGUCAACGGAUCGAGGAGGGUGCACGGUGGAAGACUUCUGUAACCAUAUCCAUCGCAGCCUGGUCAAGGACGUAAAGUAUGUGCUGGUGUGGGGAACGAGCUCCAAGCAUUACCCCCAGCGGUGUGGGCUUGCGCAUGUACUAGAGGAUGAGGAUGUCGUGCAAGUCGUGAAGAAGAAGGAGAAGGAGGAGGAUGGAAGGGGUCGCUUCAAGUCGCACUCGAAUGCACCGGCAAGGAUUUGUGAUAGAGAGAAGAAGGCUCCCCUCAAGACCUAAUCGAUUUGCCGUUGAAAAUACACAAUGACAUCCUUUGUUUUGACAUCAUCCCAUAUUCCUCGUUAGGACUCUAAUAAAUAUAAAUUACUUCGAGAAAGGGCAAAUUUCGAAGAAAGUAGAGCACUUGCAGAGUACAGCAGGUUUCUCAAGGGCUCGUGCGGAUACGAAACAGAUCGAUCAAUGUGCUGCGGUGUUGCCAUUUGAUCAUGGCGGUGACUGCCAGAGUGAAGGGAAACAAAAGGCCAAAUUACUC